AUGGUCUUCCAUCCGCCAGCAUGGCUGCCCAAACUCCCCAAAAUCCCAGAUACUGUCCCUCUGUGCGACUUUAUGCUCGAUGAGAAAUACGGGCGACGUCCUUAUGCAGACUCAUGGGACACCUACACUUGUGGCCUCAGUGGGAGGAGCAUCACGGCACGACAACAGAAGGAAAGUGUUGACCGGCUGGCUCGGAGUCUGGCCAAGGAAUUUGGAUGGAAGGUCAACGAGGGCACUGAAUAUGACAAGGUUGCCGGUGUCUUCGCUCUUAAUACGAUCGAUAUCAUGACUCUCUCCUGGGCGAUACAUCGUCUGAACGGCGUCUCGUCCCCAGCCAACGCCGCUUAUAAUGCCGACGAGUUGCGACAUCAACUCACGAACUCUGGGGCCAAGGUGCUGUUCACCGUAAUGCCUCUUCUUCAGACUGCCCUCGACGCGGCUGUCAAGUCCAACAUCCCCAGAAAGAACAUCUAUAUCUGCGAGAUGCCUAAUGAUCCUCCCAUACCAAAAGAAUUCAAGACUUUGUCUCAACUGAUCAAGGAAGGCGAGUCCCUACCUGAACUGGAACCUGUCAAGUGGACCAAAGGCCAAGGCGCAAGGCAAACCGCCUUUCUAUGCUAUUCGAGUGGAACCUCUGGCUUACCUAAAGGAGUCAUGAUCUCCCAUUAUAAUGUGAUCGCCAACACGGUCCAGAUUUCGACCUACGAUCAAAUGGCCCGUGAUGCGAUUGCUCCAGGCUACCACGACGCCGCGCUCGGCUUACUGCCUCAGUCACAUAUUUAUGGCUUGAUAGUCAUUUGCCAUUGCUCAACAUACCGCGGCGACCGAGUGGUCGUGCUUCCGAAAUUCGACUUGCAGCAAUAUCUGACCUGCAUCCAAAAGUACAAGAUCAACACCUUGUAUAUCGUGCCGCCGAUCAUCAUCGCCAUGGUGAAGAACCAGGAGCUGCUGAAGAAAUACGACUUGACCAGUGUCCUGUCCAUCUUCACCGGUGCGGCGCCGUUGGGCAAAGAGACGGCGGAGGAUCUGGCAGCGCAAUAUCCCGCCUGGAAAGUCCGACAAGGCUAUGGCCUCACCGAGACCUGUACGGUCGUGUGCUCGACCAGUCCGAUGGACAUCUGGUUCGGCUCGUCUGGCUGUCUGUUGCCGGGCAUUGAGGCCAAAGUCGUCGACAUAGAGGGGAAUGAAAUCACGGGCUACAACCAGCGCGGAGAACUGCUCGUCAAAUCGCCCAGUGUGGUCUUGGGAUACCUGAAGAACGACAAGGCGACCAUGGAGACCUUUGUGGACAUGCCCGAAGGCCGCUUCAUGCGGACUGGAGACGAAGUCGAGAUCCGAGUGUCCUCGAAGGGUAAUGAGCAUGUUUGGGUGGUUGACCGCAUCAAGGAAUUGAUCAAAGUCAAGGGUCAUCAAGUUGCCCCCGCAGAACUCGAGGCCUGCUUGCUCAAUCAUCCCGCCGUGGCUGAUUGCGCCGUCAUCUCCGUGCCAGACGAUCGCGCUGGUGAGCUGCCCAAGGCGUAUGUGGUGAAAUCCAAGUCUGUCGGCCUGGAAGAAAGCGACGUCAUGGUCAAACGCAGCAUCAUGAAGCAUGUCGAGAAGGAAAAGGCUCGGCAUAAGUGGCUCGCUGGAGGUGUCGAGUUCGUCGAGGUCAUUCCCAAGAGUCCCUCCGGCAAGAUCCUGAGAAGACUGCUCAAAGACAAAGACAGAGAGGCCCGAAAGAACCUCGGUGCCAAGUUGUAA